AUGCCAGGCAUGGGACGACAGGCGAUUAACACAGUCCGCGCAGUAGCGUACCUGCUGCAGGAGAUCGAGUUGGAGGAGGUGGCGGAGAAGAUCAGAGAUAUCGCCAAUACACAGUUCAACGAGAUGGCAAACGAUCUGAGAGAGUUUACGGAGGGGCUGAAGGAGAAGGUGGUUGAGGAGCUGGAGAAGGGAAUGACGGCUUUGGAAAAGAAGACUGGAGAACUAGUGGGGGCAGUGGAAAAGGCAGCACAACAGGCAGGAAGCAUCGGUAACGCACCUUACAGGGACGCACUGACAAGGGCGGUCUCUGGGGCACCACUGGAUGCUAAUCCCCGGCUGGCGGCAAAAAAAAGUAUCAGGCAACGGCAGUCACUGAUCGACCUGCCCAAGGAAUCAAGUCUCAGGGACUGCGCAAACUCGAUCCUAGUGGGCAAGUUCUCGGAGGCGAUGGGUAAGGCUACAGUGCAAGAGCACAAGGUCAGGUCGGCAAUCAAGCUUCAAAAUGGAGGGAUCCUGGUAGAAAUGGUUAUGGACGAAGGCGCGGUGUGGUUGGCCUCCAAAGCAAACGCAGAGGCCUUCCUGCGGGAACUAGGGGAGUUGGAAGCCUCUUUCAAGACAAGGUCAUACAAUGUUAUUGCUUACUACGUGCCAUUGAACCUCGACACCAACAGCGAGAAGGACAAGAGAGAAAUAAAAGAAGCCAACAGAAUCCAGGUGGGCGUACUGACAAAGAUUAGGUGGAUCAAGCCCCCGAUGAGGAGGCGUACGGACCAAUGUUUCGCCCACAUCAUCAUCACCUUCUCUGACGCAGAAACAGCCAAUCGAGCUAUAGUGAAUGGGUUGUCGAUUUGCCACAAGAGAGUUUCGAUAGCGAAAUGCAGGAAGGAGCCCAUUAGGUGUCUCAAGUGCCAAGGCUGGGAUCACGUCGCCUCUGAGUGCAUGAUCACCAAGGAGGUGAACGUAUGCGGGACCUGCGGAGCAAGGGAUCACUGGACCAGCAAGUGCAACCAGCAAGGAGUCACCUGGUGCACCUCCUGCAAGUCAGACGACCACACCAGUUGGGACCGCCGUUGCCCGACAUUCCUCAGGAAAAUCGAUGAGCUCAACGCGAGGGAUCCAGCAAACGACAUCCCUUUCUUCCCAGCAAGGGAAUCGUGGACGUGGUAG